GAAAAUUCUUCAGCAUUUUGUUGUGAAUUUUUCCUAACGAAUACGCCUUUGUAAGCAGUUUCUCCUGAUGUGGCACAUUUUUUAUGUUAUUUCCAAUAAUAUGCUAAUUGCUAAGCACAUUUCCCCCUAAUAUAAUGUGUAGACAUUUGUGAGAGAACUGCAUUUGCAAAAUUUGGAGAAGUAGGAAUUUCAAAGGAUGGCUGUGUUUCGGUUCUCAUAGAAGCAUCAAAUUGUUGAGUUGGAAUGCAUCCCAAAGGUCGCUUGCAAUGCAGGAAUAAUCAUAUUUUUCUGAAAGUGUGAAUUUGAUACAUUUGCCUUUAAACAUGAACUGAACUGAAUUUCUCCCACAUAUUUUUUUUAACAUGAUUUUUAUUAAAUUUUCUGUUUUACAAUUUCAGAUAAACGUUUUACAUACUUAAAUGACAUCAAUGACUUCCCUUCUUCUCUUUCCAUGGUUCAUUUUGCAUAUCUUCUCUCCCUGGAUAUUUUACAAAAACUAUACGAAUCGGUUUUCCAUUAUUGCGUCCAUCAAAAAUGAUUUACGCUGUCAAAUUUAUCUUAAAGCUGCCAGCGUUUUCAGCUGCACUCAAUUAUUUUCCAUAUAUUCAAUAAACGUUUUCCAGUCUUCUUUAAACGUAUGUUCUUCUUGCUCUCUUAUUCUAUAUGUUAAGUCUGCAAGUUGUGCAUAUUCUGUCAACUUUAAGUUGAAUUUCUCCCACAUCUUUGCACAUAAUGAAGGGAAUGCAGUCCUCGGCGGCAAAAUGUUGAAAACUAAACACCAAAGAUUCUCCCCGUAUCUUUUCAGUUAUGCAGAGCAGCAGAGGUUUGAGGCGGCCCGCUCCCAUUCGAUGUCGAGACAUGACUGUCCAAAAAUCCCAUGUGACAUGCCAGGACGAAGCAUAAGAAGCAAAGAUCUGGCCCUUCCAAGUCACCUUCAAGCCUGCCCUGAGCCCAGGUAUCAAAAUAUUGAAAAAGUGCUGCAAAUGGAGCAAGAUCCUGCAUAUGUGAAACCAAUCGCUGCAGAUAUUUAUUACAACUGUGGGAGUUUCAUAAGGCAAUCCAGUGGUAAGUGGAGGAGACAAGAAUACGCAGAUGAAGGGUGUGCAGUUUGGAUGUGUGGAGGGUCCCUGAGAUACCGUGCUCAGCGCACCCAGGGGCUGGGUCGAGGGGAUACGACCACAUCCCUCCUCCUAUAUGCAUUCAGCCAAGCACCUAAUCGAAACUGGGCUUCUUUUUUAUGCCAUGUUGAUUCUCAAAUAUUUCCUCUUUCAGAUGAAGAUACCUACUCUUAUCAAAACGUGGCUGGCCCAUCAAGAAGCAGUGGGCUUGUCUUGGCAGAUGUGGAUGUCUAUGAAAACAGCACGACGAUCCAGAUAUGGAAGCACUCGCAGAUCGCAGAAGACUCUGACAACGAUGAAUCAGAUUACAUCAAUUCACAUCCAAACUGCAGGUUUCCUGCCUAAGAGCUGGCGAAGAGAGCUUCGGCAGUCGUUCAUUCUACAGUCCAGGGAACCUGGCCACUUGCAGCUGGUUCCUGCCUUGCAGUUCAACUUCAAGCAAAUUCAGUGACGUGCACCUCAAAAAGGCAGGCCACUCUCCAAAAAGAGUCAACUGGAAAGUGCAUGCGUGUGUUAAGGGGGAAGAGAUUGUUCAUAAAGGAAGUAUGAGCAAAUGGCAAUCUACAUUUUGUUUUCUUGCUUUAUUUGUUCUGUCUGUUAGCCAGAGCAAAGUCUAUUGUAUUCUAAGCAGUUUAGAAAAUAAAAGAAGCAAGCGACCCGUGUAUAAUUCACAACAAGAGAUUUAACCGUUCUGCUGGAGUGGGGAAUGUGUCCCAACAUCUGGGAAGUUGAGGUUAUUCCAGAGCAGUGCUGUUUACGGUGUAAUUUUGAAAGCCCCCCAGAGUGGGGGAGCCUUAUGUGGGCGCUGCAAUGGUUGAAUAAUUGGGAGCGAAAUUAUUGCCCUUCUGCCAUCAAACGCCUAGCAACAGAUCCCAAUACAUCUUUAUUCUCUCGGCCAGUACAAGGCAUGGACAACCAUUAGCUUCUGAUUGGUGAAAAUACGGUUUCGGGCCCUAAUUCUUCAAGUGGGGCUAAAAAAUAAUUCUUCUGAGUGUUGUUUCUGCACAGACUGGUAGCACAGUUCUGUAGUUCGUCCUGUGACAACAUCUUCGCUUUCCUCCGGUGAGUUAAUUGUAGCUGCAUUUGUUUUAGCUUGCAAGGCAAGUUCAACAUUUAUCGUUUAGCAGAAGAAUGAGUGGGUGGAUCUCUUGUGAAAUAAAUAGAGAGACUUCAGCUUAGUGUGGUCUAUAUCUUUUCCGAGGCCCCUGUGGUCUACAAAGUGCACGUUCAGCAGUUAUAGGGUAAGAGGACAGGUCUUCUUAUGGCUCAGUAAGCUAGUUAAGCAACAAGAUGA